UUGUAAAAUUUUUAAUUUUUUUAAUCUCUUGCCACUGCAGUCUACAAGUUUUCUUCUGUGUGACAACCAUGGAAGAGCAAAUAAUCUCACCAUCUUCACCUCCUUCAUUGGUCUCCUUUUCCCAGGAAACUCCACCUUCAACUCUCCAGCACAGGCUCCAAUUUGUACUUCAAAGCCAGCAAGAUUGGUGGGCAUAUGCAAUUUUUUGGCAGACAUCAAACGAUGACCAUGGCCGUCUGUUCUUGGCUUGGGCCGAUGGUCAUUUUCAAGGCACCAAAGAUACCCCUCUGAAAUUAAGUGCCAAUUAUCCCAACAUUCCGGGCUUAAACAAUGAACGAAGAAAGGUGAUGAAAGAAAUCCAGGCCCUCGUUGGAGACAACAAUUGCAUCGAUAUGUCGAUGAUCGACGGCACUGAUAACACUGAUGCUGAAUGGUUCUACGUGAUGUCAUUGACUCGAUCAUUCUCUGUUGGAGAUGGGAUUCCAGGCAAGGCUCUUAGUACUGGCUCUUUGAUUUGGUUAACUGGUGCUCAUGAGUUGCAAUUUUACAAUUGUGAUAGAGCUAGAGAAGCACAAAUGCAUGGCAUUGAAACACUGGUUUGUAUACCAACUUCCCGUGGGGUUCUUGAACUAGGAUCCUCAGAAAUGAUCAGGGAAAACUGGGGUUUAGUCCAACAAGUGAAAUCCCUAUUCGGGUCCGAUCUCAUUGGUUUGGUACAAAAACAAUCGAUUCCAAAUCCAAAUCUAACCGCAGCUCCUAUCCAGUUCCUUGACAAAAACAUCUCUUUUGCAGAUAUCGGCCUAAUUGCCGGUGUUGAAGAAGAGAACCACAACAACCAAACCAAUUCCACAAAACCUGGGCAAUCUUCUUAUGUGGACUCGAAGCUUUCAGAUUCUGAUUGUCCAUUACCAGCCAUGAAAAAUAGAGAGAAGAGAAGCCCAAAGAAACGCGGAAGAAAACCAGGGCUCGGCCGAGAGACACCGUUGAAUCACGUGGAAGCUGAGAGGCAACGCCGUGAUAAGCUGAACCACAGAUUCUACUCCCUCCGAGCUGUAGUCCCGAACGUGUCGCGCAUGGACAAAGCAUCGCUCUUAUCUGAUGCUGUCUCAUACAUCAAAGAGCUAAAGACGAAAAUUGAAAAACUGGAGUCACAGCUUCAGAGAGAGUGUAAGAAAGUGAAGGUAGAAAUGAUGGAUGCUAUGGAUAAUCAAAGCACUACCACUUCUGUGGAUCAGGCAGCCAGGUCCAGCAAUUCAUCCUCUGGAACUGCUGGCUCUGGUGGCCUUGAACUUGAUAUCAAGAUUUUGGGAAAUGAUGCAAUGAUUAGGUUUCAAUCAGAAAAUGUAAACUAUCCAGCGGCCAGGUUAAUGUCUGCCCUUCGUGAUCUUGAGUUUCUGGUCCAUCAUGCGAGCAUGUCGUGUGUUAACGAGCUCAUGAUCCAGGGUAUUGUAGUGAGGGUUCCUGAUGGAUUGAGAACUGAAGAAGGCCUCAAAUCUGCUCUUCUCAGGAGGCUAGAGCAGUAAGGCUAAUCAGUAAGAUGAAGGAAAUUUUGUUUUUAAUGCUUUAAUUUUUUUUCCCCAGUUCUUGUGUUUUUGGUUGAUUUUCCUUUCAGCUUUAUGUACUGUUUGUCAUGUAAUAAAGGAUG